AUGAAACCGGUUCCCUUAUUUCUUCGCACCGAAUACCAGACUCGGUCUUUCAGCUUUCUCUAUCUUUCUUUUCUCACUUUUCUGAUAUAUCGUCUUUUCUCGGCCAUUAUUUUCUUUUCUUUUUCAUCCCUCUGUUUGUUUGAUCUUUAUUUUUUCCUUUCUUUUUUUUUUCUUUCUUUUAUUUACCUUUUUUCAUUAAUUAUCUAUUUAUUCUUUUUUCUUCUACUUUCCCUUCGUUUUUACUUUCCUUUUAUUUUCUUUCCAAUUACUUACCUUUCUUUUCUUUUCUUUCUUACAUUCUUUCUUUCUUUCUUUUUUCUUUCUUUUUUUUCCUUUCUUUUCCUUUUUAGCUUACUUUUUUAUUUUAUUUCCAUUUGCCUACAUUUCUUUUCUUUUCUUUUUUCAUCCUUUCUUUAUCUGUUUCAUAUAUAUUCCUUUUUUCGUUACUUAUCAAUCUUUUAUUUUUUGGCUAAUUUUCAUUUCAUCUUCCUUUCCUUUAUUUUAUUUCCAAUUCCUUCAUAUUCUUUCUUUCUUUUUUGUUUCUUUCCCUCAUUUAUAUUCCUUUUGCAUUCAUUUUUUAAUUUUUUUACGCUUACUUUCCUUUCCUUUUUUUAUUUUAUAUUUUUUCCAAUUAUUUACGUUACUUCUAACAGCUCUUCAAGCCAAUCACGACUCUUUACUCUCUCCAUUUCUUCUAUUACUCGUUCUCUCUUUCUUUCUCUAGCAUAUUCUUAUAUAUACGUGUUUUAUUCUGUACCAGGUUCUAUCUUCCAUCGUGAUUUCAUCCACAACCCAACGCAAACGGUAACCCCUCUCUCUAUCUCUCCCCGCUCUCUCUCUCUCUCUCUCUCUCUCUCUGCAUAUAUACAACGUCUUCCUUUCUUCGUUUCCACUUAUCAUUUCAUAUUUCUAUUUGUCCUCUUUCUAUUAAACUUUCUUUCACAUUAUCCAUUGGCACUCUUUCUUUUCUUUGUUUUAUCGAAAUCUUUUUUACGUUUCUUUCCUGUCUUUCUUUCUUUUUCUCUUUUUCUUUCUUUCUUUCUUUCUUUCUUUCUUUUACACUCUUUCUUUCUUUCUUUCUUUCUUUCUUUCUUUCUUUCUGUCUUUCUUUCUUUCUAUGCCGCUAACACUUUUACACCACAGCCGCCCUUCUUCUUCUUCUUCUUCUUCUUCUUCUUCUUCUUCUUCUUCUUCUUCUUCUUCUUCUUCUUCUUUCUUUCUCUCUAUUUCCCUCCCACUUUCACGCCACUUCUUCUCACUUCUUCUUCUUCACUUCCUAUCCGCCUCUUUUUUUCUUUCAUAUUCAUUCAGCCAUUUUGUUUCUCUGCUUGUCUGAUUCUCAGCAUCUUUAACACUUCUUCGCCUAAAUCUUAUAUCUAUUCUUUUAUUCUAUUGUUUAUUCUUUUAUUCCUUAGCUUUCUUUCUUUUUUCAACUUUUUUAUUUUUUUCAUUAUCUUCUUUAUCUUUCCCUCUUUUUUCCCGUUUGUUAUUAGUUUAUUUUUCAUACAACUCUUUUGUAUUCUUUUUCAUUGUUUUUCUUCUCUCGCUCUCGUUUUUUUCUUUAAAAUUACUUUUCUAUCUAUCUUUCUUUCUUUCUUUCUAUCUUUCUUUCUUUCUUUCUUUCUUUUUACAUUAUCUUUUUCUUUCUAUUUCUUCUUUAUUUUUUCGCUUUUUUCACUGGUUUAUUUUUCACUGAUUUAUUUUUCACAUAAAUUUAUUCGGAAGAAGAUAUUGUUUUCUUUCUUUCUUCUUCAUUAUUUUUUCUUUGUUACAUUUUCGUAUCCUCCUAUUUUUAUUUUAUUUUUCUUUACAAUUACUCACAUUUCUUUCUUUCUUUUUUUCUUUCUUAUUCAUUAA